UCUGUCUUUGGUGCGUGAGCGCGCGCCGCAAUUCUGAUCGGCGCGCGGAUGAUGAUGAUGAGAGCGUGACCUCACCGCUUUCUGCACAGCUGCUGGAGAGCGGGGGAGACACACGGAGAGCGGAGCGAACAACACAAACACGCCGAGGGAGACAGCGAGAGAGAGGCGCGGAACAGCGGAGAACAUUCACAACUCAGCGGGGAACCGCUCGGCACGAGGGAACACCGUCGUCGUAGGGCGUCCGUGGACUGCUUCCCAGCCAGUCCGCCUCCCAGAAUGUUCUGUGCCCCCGGUUCUUUUCUACGGUACACGAAACAGUCGCCGCGGCGUCCCCACGGACACUGAAGCCCAGAUGCUCACCCUCUCCGCCGACAUGGACGAGUCCUCGUCACUGCUGGAUCUGCUGGAGUGUUCGGUGUGCCUGGAGCGCCUGGACACCACGGCUAAGGUGCUGCCGUGCCAGCACACCUUCUGCCGCCGAUGCCUGGAGAACAUUGUCAGCUCCCGGAACGAGCUCCGCUGCCCGGAGUGCCGCAUCCUGGUGGACUGCGGGGUGGACGACCUGCCCGCUAACAUCCUCCUGGUUCGCCUCCUGGAUGGUAUCAAGCAGCGGCCCCAGCGAGGAAGCGGAGGAGGAGGGGGAGUAGGAGCGGGAGGCAGGCAGUCCCUAGCCGGGGGCUCGCUGCAGGGGUACGCAGCCGGGAUAUCCGCCUCUCCUCCGGGCACAGCGAUCAGGGAGCUUCCCGUGGCCACCAGGAGUUCUCCUGUUAAGAAUAUCCCAGCGCUACCUUGCGGCAAAGCCCUCUAUUCUUAUGAGGGCAAGGAACCGGGCGACCUCCAGUUUUCCAAAGGUGACAUCAUCAUCCUGCGACGCAAGGUGGAUGACAACUGGUACCACGGCGAGCUCAAUGGUUGUCAUGGUUUCUUGCCUGCUAGUUACAUCCAGCUGCUGCGUCCCCUGAGCCAAACUCCACCCCAGGGCAAAGCGUUGUACGACUUUGAGGUCAAAGACAAGGACCAGGAUAAAGACUGUCUGGCCUUCAGCAAGGAUGAGGUGCUGACAGUAAUCAGGCGAGUAGAUGAGAACUGGGCAGAAGGCAUGCUGGGAGACAAGAUUGGCAUCUUCCCAAUUCUUUAUGUGGAGUUAAAUGAAACAGCCAAGCAGUUGAUGGAGAUUGACAAACCUAUACCAGCUAAUGCACCGGGUCCGAGCUCUGAGCCGGCCCCGUUGGGCCCCUGCUCUCCCGGGCCCUCCCCAAGCGCGUCCCCGUCUAAUGGAAACGGCUCUGGCCAUCGGAGAGGCGAAGGAAAGAAGAACGCCAAGAAGCGCCAUUCGUUUACCGCUCUAUCCGUCAGCCAGAGGGCUGCCCAGCUCAACAACAGACACAGCAUGGAGAUCUCCCACCCAGUCCUCAUCAGCUCCUCUGACCCCAGAGCGGCUGCACGCAUCCAGGAUGCGUCUCCCCCAGGUCCCUCUCCCUCCUCGGCAGGGGUGCUGGUGCCCCCCAAAGUGGCAUCCAUAACCUCUGAGCUGCUGGCCCAUGCCAAGGUUCAGCUCCCACUCAACAUAUACCUGGCAUUAUAUGCCUACAAACCCCAGAAGGCUGACGAGCUGGAGCUUAGAAAAGGGGAGAUGUAUCGGGUGACUGAGAAGUGUCAAGACGGAUGGUUCAAAGGCACGUCACUGAGAACUGCUGCCUCUGGCGUCUUCCCAGGAAACUAUGUCACUCCUGUGUCCAGGGCUCCAUUUGGAGUUGGUGCUACUCGGAGCUCGUGUUUGUCCAGCCCAGGAGGAGGAGGAAGUGGCUGCAGUCAGGUGGCAAGUAAAAUCUUAGACCCCUCGUCUCCAGGAUCCCCGGGGCCCUCUUCGUCCCGUCCUGGCACCCCACUGGUAAACUCAGCCAAUGCUGUUAACAGCAUCAGUCCCGCCUCUUCGCCACAAACUGCUGCCGCCCAGCUGAAAAACUGCCUGCGCUCCAGCCAGCAUACGGUCAACCAAGCACGCACCUCAAUGCAGCUGGUCCACAGUCCCUCUGCUGCAAGCCCGGAACGCCCCACGGUGGCCAUAUCUCCCCUGCGUUCUCAGAGCUCCUCCCCGUCGCGCUGCCCUGGCCAAUCGGGUCGUCCUCUCUCCAUGGUGUCUCCGGGACCCAGCUUAGGGCCCUCGCCCCUCUCUUCCCCGGCUUCGCGCCCCAUCCUCCCUCUCUCCUCCCCUCUCUCCUGCCUCACGCCUCCGAACGUGUCCGCGGUGCUCCUCAACGGAGAGUCAGCCAGUCCACUGCAACCGCCAUCGCCGGGCCCCUCACACACCCCAGCCCAAGGCGUCCUCGCGCCCAAAGCAGAGAAGAAGGAGAGGAAAGCAGGAGGUUUAUUAAAACUCUUAUCAGGCGCCGCAGCAAAGAAGAAACCUCGCUCACCCCCAUCCUCCCCACCCACCCAUGACCCCACUGGUCAAGGUGCCGUGGCUACCGACCCCGUGCACCACCAUCACCACCACGCCCGCUCAGGUUCCUGUCCGAUGGCGUCGCAAGGACGAGCCGGUUCCUGUCCAAUCGAGAGCGACAUGGCGGGGGCAAUUGGGCUGGAGCCUCUGCACAGAAAGUCUGGUUCCCUGGAUACCAACUUCCCCAUGUCACCCCCGGCAACACGUGCUGGCAAUGCUCUGAUGGUCCUCCGACCUGAACCCAAACCCCUGUCUAGAGAGAGGUAUCGUGUGGUGGUUCCGUACCCACCCCAGAGCGAGGCAGAGAUCGAGCUGCGGGAGGGAGACGUGGUGUUCGUCCAUAAGAAGAGGGACGACGGCUGGUACAAAGGCACUCUGCAGAGGACGGGUCAGACCGGCCUGUUUCCAGGCAGCUUUGUCGAGAGCUUCUGAACUGCAAAAAGUGGACGAAUGAAUGCACACAUUGUUCCUGUUACUGAGUCAUAAAACACAUGAACACACACAAAAUCCAAGGUUGGGCUGAUAUUAGGUUCCCCAGAUUUAUCUUUGUUUUAUUGGAUUAAAGCUCAACACUGGCCUUAAGAGGCGGCUAACCUUGAAAACAAAGGAGAUUUUUUGUUAUUUAUAUUUUCCAAAGUAAUCUGUUUGGAAUUAAAAUGUUUUUGAUUCUAUUGGAAAAUAUAAUUCAGAAUGAGAAUACUUUAUUAAUCCCUAAAGAAAUUAUAUUAUUUAUUAUUAAUUAUUGGUGUUGGCUAUAGUAAUCCAUAUCAGUCCAACUUAUCUACACACACAAACACAUAUACACACUGAUAAUGUACAGGGAAGCUCGUCCCUGCCUCGACCAGCUCAGCCACACAGGAAGCAGGGCAGCUUUUCCCAUUAUCCGCCCAGUGUUGGGUCAGAGGGGCUCCAUCAGACUCAGUUUCCAGACCCGUGAUGUUGACUACUGAAGGCACGCAGACUGAAAGAGCACAGAAAGACGAACCCUGCCUCCCAAUUCUCCUCCUCGGCAUCAUCCACCAGCAAACACUAGCUCAAAAAAGCAUUAGCUCUGCUUUUCCUCUGAGACCUCAGAACUUGAAUUCGGGUGCUUUCUUUGUCUGAGAAGUGAGAACAUACAGCCAGGUGACGAGGAAGCACAUAAGCCUACACUCCAGAAUCAUUGUAAGCACAUCUCUGUGUCGAAUCUACGACCAGUAUGUUUCUUUUCAGCCCGAUAUAUUAUUUGUUAACGAUGCAUGUAGCAUUAUUACAUUUUUUUAAAAAUGUUGAAAUAGAUAUUUUAUGUUGCCAUGCUGUCUGUCACAGGAUUUGUAAUUUAAAAGCCAGUGUCACAAAAAGUCUAAAUUAGGUCAUUAAUUUUUCUAUUUCUAUAUCAUAACAUAAUGGUGAACCGCUUAUUUUUAUUCAAGUUUUUUUUUUUAUUACAACUGAUUUAAACAGACCCCAUCAGUUGGAUUAAGCUGAAUUGUUGAAUGUAAAAAGGAACACAAAGUCACACCAAAACUCCUUUAAAGAAUUCAUUUGUAUUUAUAAUGCUGUUUUUGAACUUCUGUAUGAGUUUAGAAACAAAAGAAAUGCACUUGGUAAUAUUUGAUACAACCUUCCAGAAUAUCUACAUUUACAGUAUUUUACUAAUGUACAGUAUUUACUUGACAAAGGGGAUUUCCACUGCUGCUUGUGACAUACUUGUUUUAAGCGCAAAUAUGAUUUUUCGUUAAGAAAGCACAAAUUUCUUUGGUGGGACGAAAUGACUAAAACAUUUUUUUCAGAUGUCAGCUUGAAAUGUAAAAAAACCACAAAGUUUCCAGUAUUGACAGUUCUCAUCAAAUAAGUACAAAGAUUGCGAAGAGUAUUUCCUCUUCCUCAGCUUUUUCCUCGACAGUUUUUUAUCUAUCCUGAGACAACGUUGCCAGACCAAAACUGCACAGACUCGAUGCUCGUGAAAGAAUAGCUGAGAGGGGAAACGCCUGACUCAGAGGACACAAACUUUCAUCAUGCAACUGCCAGAAUUGACUUUGUUACUCAGAUCGUGUCAAAUAAUUUUGUUCUGCUUUAGUGAAAGUGUAGUCUGUCUGCUUCUGUGAUUCUUUCGUAUCCAGAGUUUAGAUGCAGGCUUGCCUGGUUUACGUUCUGCCACAACCACCUACCUGUUUUCCUGCUUGUGGAGACAAAAGCACAGCAACACUCAGAGUCUGACUCACUCGCUGUGUGUGCGGCGGUACAGCAGAGAGAAAGAGGCGGUCAAAGAGCACAGGUACAGGGCACGAGGCACUUCCUCACCUAUUUUUUUUAAACAAGGCAGAGUUAAACACACAGGCGAGGGUUAUUCAUUGGCUGACCGCUUAGAUUUCUAAUUGGCUCUAACCUGAUCCUAAGCACAGAGCCUUUAUGGCUUAAGCACUGUUGAGUUUCCUUCCUACAUCCAUGUUAUGUGGGAAGGAAAAUACACUGCUCACAAAAAAAUUCAUUCAUUAAGGGAACAUUUGAUCAUCACAGUACAGACUAAAGUAAAUAAAAUGUCAGGGAUGUCAUGCUGUACAGUUAGGAAGCACAGACCAUUUUGAAUAGUUUCACCUGCUUUGGUUCAGGUUCACACUGAGCACAUGUGAAAGAUGUGAAAGAGCAUUUAGAUGCCGUAGCAAACUUUAUGUGCCACCAAGAGCAGACAUGCCCAUUCUGGUGUAGUCUGCUGAUGCCAGUCAGUGAUGUCCAUGUCUCCUCAUCAGAUGGUCCAUCUCCUCCACACUUUUGAGAUUGUGCUGGGAGACACAGCAGAGGGAUAUACUACAAAGUUCAACAAAGCCAGGCUUUCUUUGCUUUAGCUUAUUCCAUAAAACCCAAACAAUUACAGAGCUCUGAAACUUUCAAAUAGAUACAAUUAAACAUCAAAGUUACGUAUCAGUUUUAAGCCAUCCUUGCUAAAUUGUGUCAAAGUGUCAUGAUGGAUGAUCACGUACAGAAAUGCCAUAACGUUGAGUCUGCUCAUCUGGAUGGAAAUUGCUUUAGUUUGUCAGCAGAACAAAGUAAAAGUAAUUUUAUUGAUUGUGUGUCCUGCGUUCUUUAGCUGCAGUUCCAGCAGUCUAAAAGAGUUAAGAGCAGAUUCGUGUGAAGUAUAACAACAUUUAUAGAUUUUCUGCAUCACCAAAUGAAUAAAUGUAUCAUGCCAAUGCCCAGUUUGCACUGCUGAACCUUUAACGCUCUGAUUCAUUCAUGAUGUUAACAGCUUGCGCACGUAAUACAUAUUCACCCUGCAGACAAUUUACAUUCCACUUAGAACAUGUUGUAAAUAAAAGAAAGAAAGUGGAGCUCCCGGUCAAUUUUAAACCAAAACUCUGAACAUAACCUGACCUUGACCACUUUAUGUGAUCAGCAUAAGUUACCACGGUGAUUUAGUCAGAAGAGAGCUGCUUUCUUGACACAGAAAACUUCCUUUGUAGUAUAACCUGCUAGUAUUGUCACAUGCUGCCAGUAGUGACAAGGACACUAGACAGAAUAAAAACUACUGAAAAAUGAGUAAGGAGGAAUGAGGAGAGAGGAAUGGUCUGUGGCCACCACCUUUAAAUCCUUUAAUAAUUCCUGUAAUUCCCUUUGUGGUGGGUUGUCUUGCUGUCACUUUCAUGUGCACCACAAUGGUUCCUCAUGCUUCCUACCUGCACAGAUUGAUGUCCCUGAAGUCGAACUGACAUUGUGCUAUAUUUUGUUGAUCAAAUGAGCAGUGUAGAUACGAAAAGGUAUCUACGCUGCUCUGAGAAUCUUUAUUUAUAGAGCACUUUUUUGAACAUGCAUACAAUUUUAGCUAAUUUAAAGAACAUCCACAAGAUAAAUGGCACAAAACCUGUCGCAUUUUGGUCUUUUUUUUUCUUCCUCAGAGAGGAAACUCUACAAACUCUAGAGGACAAAAUGUUUGGAAGCUACUGUCACGUGUUUUCCACAAAUUAUCAGACCGAAUGAUCAAAUCUGAGACCUUCCAGCGAAAUCAGUGGAUACUUGAAGAAAAAAGCACAUAACAUAAACAGAUGCUAAAUCAGACUACAACGUAGAAUUUGCUAGAAACCACUUUUUCCCUCCCAGAUACUUUUGAUGCUGUGAGAUACUUGUGCUUUCUGAACAGUAGGCAUAUAAUUUUGAAAUACAAGCAAAAUAAAUAUACUGGACUCUAAAUUAAAGUUUUUUCCCACACAUACAGACUAGGGCUAGGCUGUUUCCCGUUAACAUUACUUAUAUGAAGAUUCUUAACACGUUUAAUGUUUAACUGGUCGAUUUUGUGAUGUUAUUUUAUGCAAGUGCACCAGACUAUGAUCUUUGUAUGUGUUUCAUUGGGGCGUUUGGGUUCAGUCGAUUAAAAGUGCCAGUUUAUUUACCUUGAAAAAAACAAAAGGGAAAGUAAAUGCCAAAUUUUUUGAUAUUGUGAUGGGAAACUUCAAUCUGAACAUAUCUACAUUGGCCUUCAAAACCUGUCAGUCAAACCCCAGUGCCUACAAAUGUCAAUACACACGCAAACACAAGUAUACGCUCUUACUUUUCCUUCUAGGUAGAUCAGUGCCCUCUUUCCCUCUUUGUUUUGUUUGUAUCAGUGUGAUAAGUUUGCUGGUUGCUUUUCAGUCCGCACAAAGACGGAAAACCAGCAGAUCCCAGAACAGUUUCUGUAGAAACACUGAGCAAAGUUUGGAUCUGUUUGGAUGCCCGCUAAACUGAGGACUUUAAUUUCUAUAGAGUCAAACUUAAGCACAAGUCCUUGUUUGCCCGGUUUGUUCUUGUUUGUUUUUUUAUUUUCUUUGGGGUGGGUGAUGUGAGGAGAAAGCGUUUACAAGAGUCAAAAAGUCAGGAAUAAAACCACUGCACGGUGGUCACUUUACGCAAAAUAACUUGAACCGCUGGUUUUUGCAAACUGUCUUCAUGUGUUUUGAGUACGUGAUGUAAGCUCGUCGUUUGCCUCAGCUUCCUGGUUGUGGAAAAUGUGAACAGGCUUUGAACAGCAGCGGUAGCUCCCACUGGACGCGAACACAUCGUUGGAUUUUGUAUGAUGCUCCUGUUUCGAUUGAGCUCGUUUCAGAUUAUGAAUUUGAAAUAUUAAACGCUCAGCUAAUUUUGGCUUGUCCUUCCAGGAAGCCUGAGCUGUGUCACCCUGCCAUCUUGACUUAGAUGUUGGUCAUAUUUGUUCCUAUGGAUACUUGGGUGUUUGUGUGUGUGAUGAGAGAGGUUGGGAGGAGGCAUCUGUAUGUAGCUCUUUACAUAAAAAAAGAAACUUUAUUAAAAAAAAAUAAAUUAAAAAAAAAAGUUUGGUGGAGCAUGGGUACUCAUGCCUCUCCAGGAAAGAGUCCAGCAGAGCAGUGAGAGAAACAGAGGGAGGAAAAAAAGUAUAUAUAUUAUUCUAUAUUGUGCAGAAUAUUUAUAGGCCUUUUGUGCCAUUGAAGUCAUGCUCUGUGCUGGCCACGCCCAGCGCUCUCUACCAUGUGAUCAUUAUACAUCGUCUUGUACUGAUGACCCGUGGUUGAUUUGAUUGUUUUUUCAUGUCA